AUGGACUACUCGGACAUCGAACAGACAUUCUCCAAUGUAUCAAGUCCAGAAGCACCAAAUUUGGAUCCUCAGUUCGUUAUUAAACAUAAUUUGUCGGCUGAAAUAUAUCAGCUUUUCAAAGAUGAUGUCGACUUGUUGCUUUCUGGAAAAGUCUCAAGUGCAGAAACCACAAAGUUAGUUACGCAAAUAUUGAAUACAGCAACAGAGUUAUGCAAAGCACUUGAUGAUGAAAAACAAUAUUUGAUGGGCGAUGUACUUUAUAAUUGGGCUGUACGACAGCAGAAGUUAAGUAUCGGUACCUUGUGGACACAACAGAUACACUAUACACUACUGGACACUAUGCAUCAACAAUUUGACUAUUUUGGCGAACUACUGGAGCAAACGAUGUCCGGACUUCGGUAUCUAAGAGAACGUUGUUAUCAUGAGCUGUUUGAAAGUUUGUACACCAAACUGCAACAAUUGGCACACUAUUUUUUGUACUAUUCAAUCAUUGUUGCAAAACAACCACCAUCUGUGGUUGUAAAAUGUGGCGAGGCUGAAAAUCAUCGGCGAAGUCGAUUUUGGUUUAACACUGAAAUCAGAGUGCUUGGUGGGCGAGCAUUUAAUGUGGAUAGUGAAGGUGAUGGUGUCGAAGUGAAAUGCUUUCUGAUAACUGACGAUACUGCCAAACAACUUCUGAACAACGCUUAUCACGAUAUAUUUGAAAACGAAGAAUUUGCUAUCGAACCACCAUGUGCAGUGUUUCAAUGCAAAGAAAAACUUGGAUUAAAAGCCACCUUUGAUGAUAUGAGGGUGGCCAAAAAGAGUCAAUUGCGCAGAGAUUCUGUAGCCACCAAACGAUACUGCCUGUGUUAUAACAUACAACUGAAGGCUGCUCACGGUAUAACACUGAUUGGUAAAAAGGUAUCACUACCGUUUGCAAUUCUUGUUGGACCAAAAACUGAUGUCGAGGCUCGCCUAUUUCUUGAACGUUCAUUUGCUGACCUUGUUCGUAAACCAUUGAGCGAUAUUCCAGAAGCAGUACCCAUUGAGGAUAUGACUGAGGCAUUAGAGAUGAAAUUUCAAGCUAUCGUCGAGACUCCACAAAAGCCAACCGAUGGAGCAAUAAUAGUUCGUCCGCGUAUGUUUACCGAUCAAGAUAAACAGCAUAUUAUUUUAAGAUUAAAACCAAACAGUAAUGGCACGAUAAAUUUGGAACGAUUUUUAAAGCAACCAGUAUGUCAAGAAUAUAUAACAAAAAAAGCUGCAUCUGAUGGUGAAUGGAAAUUAGUGGCAUUUUUUGAAUGGUUUUUUAAGCUUGCUGAAAUUGUUAACAAAUACCUGUAUCAGAUGUGGAAUGAUGGCGUAAUUUAUGGAUUUUGUGGCAAAGAUGAAGCUGAAGCAUUGUUACGUCAGUGUUCACGACCAACGUUGCUGAUACGGUUUUCAGAUGUCGAAUAUGGGAAAGUAAAAAUUAGUGUCCUUCAUAGCACCGGAGUGCUUCAACAUCAUUGGUAUGAUUAUACGGAUCUGAACGCCCGAUCACUGCAAAAAGAACUGUUGUUUAAUCAUAUAUUUGCUGAAGUGGAAUUUAUUUAUCCAAAUAUCAAUUUGGAGGCUGCACUUGGUGGACGGCAAAAAACUUUUGACAAUCGUAAGCCAAGAAUCCUGAAUCCAACACCAGUUUAUUUUGAUAAUCAAUGGGCUGCAACAUCACCAUUUUAA